GCCAACAAACAAGUUAGAGAUAUGGGAGGAUUUAAAGAUAAUAAGUUUCACAAGAAGCAUUGUAGCUGUAUAUAGUACCUGUAUGCUGGUAGUUCUUUUGCGAGUCCAGUUAAAUAUUAUUGGCGGUUACAUCUACCUAGAUAAUGCUGCACUCAGCAAAAACGGCACAACACCACUAGCUCCUCCUGAAGUUCAGCAGCAAUAUUUAUCAAGUAUUCAGCACCUUUUAGGAGAUGGACUGACUGAGUUAAUAACUAUUGUUAAACAAGCCGUGCAUAAAGUUUUUGGAAGUAUUUCCCUUAAGCACACCCUGUCUCUUCUGGACCUGGAACAGAAAAUUAAAGAUAUCAGGGAAGUUGUGGAACAUAAAGAUUCAGAUCAGAUUGCACCUUACUCUCCCUUAUGUCAUUAUCUGAUGCCAGAUGAAGAAAACCCCUUGGCUACCCAGGCUUGCGGACUCACAGAAAGAGACAUUGCUACAAUUAAAUUACUUAAUGAAACUAGAGACAUGCUAGAAAGUCCAGACUUCAGUACAGUUUUGAGCACAUGUUUAAACAGAGGAUUCAGUCGACUGCUGGACAAUAUGGCGGAGUUUUUUAGACCUACCGAAAAGGACCUCUCUCAGAAAGGGUCUGUAAAUAGUCUUUCCAGUGUCAGUCUUCCUUUAGCCAAGAUAAUUCCAAUAAUAAAUGGACAGAUCCAUUCAGUAUGCAGUGAAACACCCAGUCACUUUGUUCAGGACCUGUUGAUGAUGGAACAAGUGAAAGAUUUUGCUGCUAAUGUCUAUGAAGCUUUUAGCACCCCUCAGCAACUAGAGAAAUGAACUGCACAUUUAUAGGAAUAGGUUGUGUAUUUAUAAUAAAUUCCUUGUGACUACUGAUGAGACUUGGGUUAACUAUAAUGGUGUAGGAGUGGUAAACCAGCAAGGAAGAACAUUCUGAAAGAAGUGGGAGUGAGCCCAUAUUUCUUCUAAUAGAAUUGUUUUAAGCACCCAUUAAAAAUAUUCUUAUUGAAAGAAUCAUGGUAUGUGAAGACUUUUCUAUUAAAAAAGUGGUUAAACUCUUUCAUAAUUAGAUUAUUUUUGUUGCAUCUGAAAGGCAUCUGGUGGCAGUAUAUUAAGAGUUACAAGAAAAAAAAAAUUCUUUGCCUGGAGUAUAUAAGUUUUGGAAAAAAAAAUAACAAUAGUGAUUUAAGAAUAGCACAG